GUACUACGCAGUGAACGUACCCAUGAGUGAUUUUAAUCCAAGUCCUGACGUCCUCGAGGGGGGAGGGGAGGAGGGAUAGCUUUCACUAGCAGCUGUUUCUUCAAGCUAACGGCUAAUUUUUGAGUCAGUCAAGCAUAUGAAAACAAGCACACAUAUUUAAAAUAAAUGUAAAUUAAUAAUAGUUUUCACGUACACAUACAUAUAAUACCCUCUGUGUCUCUAAUGCGAUUAUUAAAGAUUUUUUUAUUUAGUAAUAUUAAUAAUAAUAACACAUUCAAUUUAUACAGCGCUUCUCAAGACACUCAAAGACGCUUUCCACUAAUCAGAUGACAAUAACAGUAAGGUGAGUGAGCAGAAAGCCCGGCUGGCGGGGGCUGGCGUCAGCGAUGCUGUCCACCGCGGUGGAAUGCAGAAGUCACACCAGUUGGCGAGAGCCUAGCUAGACUUGCACCAUGGACAUGUACAGGAGGCUCUUGGUGUUGAUUGAGCUGGCUGAGAGCUGUGGGGUCAGCACACUCCUGCAAGGCUUUGAGCAGGUCUGGAGGCUUCUGCUCGUUUGUCUCCUCUGCAGGCUGCUGUUCAGGACAGGAGGUGUGUCCUCUAUGAAUCAUGUUGUGUCGCUGUUGGCGGGGAUGUACAGCCUUUUCCUCUUCUUUAACCUGCACAUGCUGUGGGUGAUGUUGCUCAGUCUGCUUUGCUACUUCGUUCUUCUUCUUGGCCGACACUCAAGCAGCAAAGGCCUCUUCCUCUCCACUGCCAUUCUAGUUUACCUCCUCAUUGGGGAAUUACAUUUAAUUGACACAGUGACCUGGCAUAAGAUCAGAGGCAGUCAGAUGGUGGUGGCCAUGAAAGCCAUUUCGCUGGCCUUUGACCUGGACAGAGGAGCAGUCAGUGCUUUGCCCACUCCAACAGAGUUCCUUGGCUAUGUUCUUUUUGUGGGCAAUGUAGUCUUCGGGCCUUGGAUCAGUUUCUCAACAUAUAAGGCUGCUAUUGUUGGCAGACAACUGAGCUGGUUAUGGCUGCGCCGUUCCUCUAUCAGCCUCUUAAAGAGUCAGAUUUGCCUGCUGGUGUCCUCUUGCGUAGCGCCAUACCUGUUCCUUUUUUUCAUCCCCAUCCAUGGAAAUACCUUCAUACGCAAGUGGCUGCGUGCCUAUGAGAAUGCAUUGUCAUUCCACUUCAGUAACUACUUUGUGGGCCACCUCAGUGAAAGCACCAGCAUUCUGGCUGGAGCUGGCCGCGUUGAGGAAAAAGACAACAUCAGGUGGGAAAUGGAAGUGGUCAAACCUCUGAAUGUAGAAAUGCCUCGCUCCAUGGUAAUGGUGGUGACAUCCUGGAAUAUUCCCAUGUCACAGUGGCUUAAAAUAUAUGUCUUCAAAAAUGCCAUGAAACUUGGGACAUUUCCCGCCAUCCUGGUCACAUACACAGCCAGUGCUUUACUGCAUGGUUUGAGUUUCCAUCUAGGAGCUGUGCUGCUCUCUUUAGGCUUCAUCACAUAUGUUGAACAUGUCCUGAGAAAGAGACUCGCUGUUAUCUUCAGUGCGUGUGUCCUCUCUAGACAAUGUCCCUCUGACUGCAGCCAUCAGCAUAAGAAGGAGUAUUGGGUGACCCUACUUAACUUAGUUUUCAGUUUCUUGGCCAUCUUCCACCUCACCUACUUGGGCUCCAUGUUUGAUCCGGGUGUUGAAGAGGAAGUGGAAGAGGGUUAUGCAGCCAUCCACACCAUUCAGAGAUGGUCAGAGCUUAACUGGGCCAGUCACUGGGUCAUGUUUGUCUCCUGGGUCUUCUACCGAUUAAUCAUGUGAUGUUGUCAAAGUAGAACACAAUUGCUGGAAGACCAGUCACCCUUUCAGUCUAGCGUCAAGGAGUUGCUGAGAUCCGGAUGAAGGGACCCCACUUGUAGACCACUGAGUCUUAGUUUUUUCCAAGAUGGAGGUCGGAGAAGAUGCAGUGAAGUAACAAAUGUUUCCUGAAAUAUGUGACCCACUCUUGGUAAGAGUCCGCAUGUCGCAAGUAGACCGUUAGUUUCGCGUAAUGGACAAAAAUAGAGCAGAGGGUGGAUAUUUUCAUAUUUUGAAAUUAAAAAUAACUGUUAAGGUCUCUUAAUUUCAUGUCCCAGCAGCCCAAAGGUAGAAUUUUAGAUGACGUGUAUGAAAACAAGUAAUUAGUAAACAAUGUGCAUCAUAAAUUAAUUGCACAUUGCAAACAAUAAAAGCCGAAAAUACACCAUAUGACCAACCACGAAACCGAACUGAAGUCGCAUGGCUGUGUUCUGAGUUCGAGCCGGUACAAAAAAAAAUUUUAUCUUCAGAUUCUAACACCAGAGAAAAAAAAAGUUGGAAUCAAUGUGAAUUUUCCUACCUUACUACCUUGAAAAAAUGCUUUCAUUGAGAGGGUGCAACGACUGUAUAAUCCCAUGAAAAUGAAUAAACAACUAAAGAAAUCAGCUACUACCAUUGCAGAACCGAUAUGAAUAGGUAGCUGCGUGCCUACAGAGACACUAAGCUAGGGAGCUCAAAGUCCUGAGCGGAUUCCAUUUGUGCAGAUGGCAAGAAAACUGAAACAAACAAGGAUCCCAGAACAUUGUACUGUAGAGGGUUCCAAACUACAGCCUGUGGGCCAUUUGUGUUCCACCAUCCAUUUUUGGGUGGCCCCAGCAUGUAGAAAACUAAAAGUAACAUUGAACACAGCCCAUUUUUUUGUUGAAUCCAAGUUUCAAACGUUCAUAACUUUCUUAAUCUUUAUCCUGUUUUCAAAAUGCUAUUACAGCUUGCUAAACACAGAAACAGACAACGUAUAAUACAAAUGAACUUUAAUUAUAGAAAGCUAAGAGUUAAGGGCCACGUUUACAAAAUAAUGGUCAAGAGCCAAACAGUUUGCAGAUGGCAGUCAGGUGAUAUGUGGUUUAAUUUGGCACUCAAACAUGCAUAGAAAAAAACAUUAAGAAUUGAGAAUGAACAAACACUCAAAUUAAAAUCCACAGGGAGGAAUAAACAUACUGUAUAGUUAAGAUGCAUUUGUAGUAGUUAAUAUUCAUAAAAUUAGUGUUGGAAGCGACGCAAAUUAUGAGCCAUCAUGGCGUCCAGGGGUGGUCUCUGAUAUACUGUAAUUUCUUGUGUACUUUUUCACCCCCCAAAAAAUUGUCAAAAGUCAAUAGUGUGCAUUAUACAUAUGUAUAGGGGGAAAUGGAAGAAAAAAAACUUCACAUUUUAUAAAUGUAUGCUGCCAUUUUGUGGUUAUGAAAAAGCUGUAGUUUCAUUCCAAUAUGCUGCCGCCACCUAGAGGUUAUGAGAAAGGUGUACACUUUCAUUCCAAUAUGCCACCGCCACCUAGGGGUUAUGAAAAAGGUGUAGCCUACACUUUCAUUCCAAUAUGACAGGGGUACUAUGACUGCAUAUAUGUACAGUUGUGCUCAUAAGUUUAAAUAGAAUUUGUGAAAUAUUGUUUUGUUUUAAAUACAAUUGAUGACUGAACAACAACCAUCAUUUAUUUAUUUAUGGGUAUGAUUUGUUUAAUGAUAAUGCUUUUCUGAAAUGCUUGACAGUUUAAUUUGAAUCCCAUUAAAACAAAAUUAAGUGUU